AUGCAAAUGAAAGCGAAGACAAUGCCAGUGGAAAUGGAAAAGGGGAAGAGGAAGAAUCAAGUUGUAGAUGACGAAGAAAAGGGCAUGCUACCGAAACUACACUUUCCUUCAAGCCAAUAUCAAAAGUCUUUAAAGCUUUCAGGAAAAUGUUACAUUGACUCGGCGAUAAGAACUAUUCAAACGAUCCUGAAAGCGAAGGAGGUGGAAUGGUUCAUAGAGCACCCACAAUUCCAGCAUUUCUUCCAUAUUAAAAACCGAAAGCAGAAGUGGAUGGGAAUGUGGGUUCUCGUUUUGCGAUCAGCUUGUGUUGCGAAGAAGCAUGAGUUAUGGUUUGUCGUUAAUGGCGUCGCAAUCCGAUAUUCUCUCAGAGAAUUAGGACUCAUUUCUGGACUAUACUGCCAUGAGUAUCCCCCCAACCAUGAGAGGUUGGGUGGUACAACAUUCAUGAACAAGUAUUUUGGAGGAAAAAGGGUAACAUACGCUGACCUGGAGAAGCAGAUGUCGGCGAUGAAAUCAAAGCCAUCUGAGGAUCGUAAGAAGAUGGCCGUUCUGUUCUUCUUAGCCAGCAUCCUUGUCGGAGGCCGAAAGAGUGGUGAGGGAGCAUCACCUGUGGACAGUUUCUUCCUGAGUGUUGUUGAUGACCUAGAUGCGUGUUUGUUGGCCUUUGAGGCAAUUCCAAGCUUGAGGAACCAUUUCCGAGAAGAUGUGAAUGGUGCAAAUAGUAGUUGCCCGCGGAUGUGCAAGAUGCAGUACAAACGGAAAAGUGGAACCAAGGAAUUCAGUCUGAAAGCUGUGAACGAUAAACUUGGUAAUAAUACAAAGGAUAUUGAGAGUAUCUUGGUAGCAACAGCAGCUGAGGAGGAACUUCUGGAAACCAUAGGAAUGGACAAGGAGAGUUGUUGGGCCGAUGACGCCGAUGAUGCAGCAGUUGAUGGUUGGACGAAGAUAAUACGGAAAGGGAAGAAACAAGUUUUCUUUGAAGAACAGUUCCGCAUGGAUUUAGCGUCUCGCACAGGUCAGAUUGAAGGUCCCACCAAUCCUAUCGGAGGACCAUCGAAUAAUGCAAUCUGGUCAGGCUAA